UAGGUACCAAGAUUAAGUGUUCAUAGGAUCACCUAUAAUACAGUUCUUCUGUCUGCACUCAAACACUACAGAAAACUCUGUUCACAUUCCGCAGUGAUCACCACCUUUUCUCCGCUUCUUACUUUUGCAAGCAAGACCUUCUUACACCUACACAGAUCCGCCAAAGCUACCCUGAUACUACAGUUAUCAUGACUUCCACAUUGUCGGAUGAAGAGUGUGAGAGAGUGAUGGAUGAUUUGAUAAAGGCAAACAUCCCAUUCGAUGAUUCGAUGACUCCUUGGAUCAACAAACGAUUACCACGACAGGAGGAUAGAGAAAGAUUCGACAACUGGAAUAUCCAUCGGAUCAUGUCAAGACAAGUCGACACCACAACACCAUUGCCCAGGGACUACUGGACGAAGAUCAUUAGUACAAACUUCUGCAAUAGAAAUUCUGUAUCGUCCCUCGCUACCCUUCUUGAUGGUAACAAGAACCCUUACAUUGCUCUGGGUAGCCAUCAAGGGAUUCUCUAUCGAUUGUGGCCGAAUCCAUCAGUACUGGAAAUCCCAGAUGAUCAGGUGGACUCGAACGAAAAGCGACAGUUGUGUGGUGGUGGUGGCUUCAUCUUGGGUGCGAACAUGCUCCUCAGCCAAAGCCGCCGCCGGCGCCAAGAGCCUUCUGACGAAUCCACUGGUAGUGACGACUCCACGCAGGGAAACGAUGAUACCGGAUUUGUUUUCGUGCAGCUUGGCCAAGUUGAGAGCACAACCCCAGCUGUACGGAACGCGAUACUCAGCCGAUCAAGCCAGAACAAUCCGGCCGACGUACCCUGGGAUGACACAGGCUAUGCUCUCGUAGCAGAAAUCACCGCCAGCAAUACGGUAGGACCGGUCUGGAUUCUCUACAACAUGAAUCCCAUCUAUCCAGAAGUAGGAGAUCGGACUCCAAUUGAUGCAGAAUCGACAGAAUGGGGCUAUCUGGAGAACGAUUCCAUACGACGCGCCGGAGUCAAGAUCGCCAACCAUGUAACCGAACUCGGUGAGAACUACACCUGGAAUUUACAGAAACCUUUGGAAAAAUACAAGUUGGUCUAUGCUAUCUACGGCGAGCAAGCCCUGGUGGGUGAGCGGAUCUACAGGGCGAAAUACUCGCUUCAAGACGAUAACAAGCAGCCACAGUACGAGGGCAAGGGUAAGGCGGCGAUCUAUGGAUGAGCAUAAGUUCCUGGAUGGCGCGAGAGGCAAUUUCGUGAGGGAUGAUCACGUUGGUUUUUUCUACUUAGGACAGUCACUCAUUCUCUACUCCAUCCCUAUCUCAUUACCUGUUGUUUUCUUACAGUUGAUCUAAGAGCGUUGAAGACUGGGUACACUCAUUCUAGGAUAGAUCAGAAGCAGGACGCUACGAUUGGGUUCCUCUAUUGUAUGAUCACUGUCUCUACCGUAUAAACAAUCAAAUUGGUACUAUGACCUUGCGCCCACUCAAC